GGAGAAUGUCAGAGAGCAACCAAGACCUGGUGCUCAUUAAAGAACUAGAGCUCAUCUUGGAUGCGUGCACACUUGAGCUCACGCCAGUGGAUGAAGUCUGGCCCGACCUCUACAUAGGAAAUGUGGCCGUUGCACAGAAUAGAAAGAAAUUGCAUCAACUUGGCAUCACCCAUGUCCUGAAUGCUGCACACUCCAAGCAGGGCAGCAUCGGUGACCAGAGUUUUUACGGGAACACCUGCGUUUACUUUGGCAUCCCAGCAGAGGAUUCAGAGCACUUUGAUCUUAGUGGCUACUUAAAAAGUGCUGCUGACUUCAUACAUAAAGCCCUGAAGAGCAAAGAUGGUAAAGUGUUGGUGCAUUGCAUCAUGGGAAUAAGCCGAUCGGCCACUUUGGUCCUGGCUUACUUCAUGUUGCGGCGGCGUCUGCCUCUCUGUGAUGCUCUGAGGCAUGUUGUCCAAAAGCGAGCCGUUUAUCCCAACCGGAAUUUCCUGUCACUCCUCCUGAAGCUGGAUGAACAGCUGACAUUCAAACGGCGGUUCUGUCCUCUUCUCUGAUAUCGCUCCCUCCUUUUUUUCAACCCCUCUCAACUUCUUAAAUUGUUGAGACAUGGAAAAAGAGAGAGUCCCAAUGUGAAGCCUCUCUCUCUCUUUCCAUGUCUCGAGUUAAACUUCUGAGUACAGCAGCAAUGGUGUUGUGAAAUAUUGUAUAUAUUGAAGUGUCAUAUUUCUCAGAGGUUUGUUUCUGUAUUCAAUUCAAUUCAAUUCAGUUUAUUUGUAUAGCCCAAUUUCACAAAUUACAAAUUUGUCUCGGAGUGCUUUACAAUCUGUACACAUAGACAUCCCUGCCCCAAAACCUCACAUCGGACCAGGAAAAACUCCCAAAUAACCCUUCAGGGGGAAAAAAGGGGAAGAAACCUUCAGGAGAGCAACAGAGGAGGAUCCCUCUCCAGGAUGGACAGGUGCAAUAGAUGUAAUUCAAAUGUAUUCAAAAUGUAUUCAAAUUUGACCUCAUGUCUGGCACGCUCACACGCUUUGUAAAUACACCUUUACUUUACUUUGA